UCCUGCUCCGUGAUCCGCCUAUGACGCAGAGGCGUCAGACGUAUUGUGCGCAAGCGUACUGCUGGACCCGGAAGUUGGCUCCAGAAAUCUGCUGCGUAGGGACAUUCAGCACACCGGAGGAGUUCUGUUGGGAUAAAGCGCUCCACAGAAAGAUGCGGCUUCACUUCGCUAGAGAUGUUUUACCGGACUCUGUCGGUACCGACUUUCAGAACCUGUGCAAAUUCGACGAGCAGCAGUUUCGCCAUCUGAUUGAAAUUCUGUUCCAGUUCCUCCUGGACCCUAAAGAGACCAACAGAUUCAUGCAGCGGCUGACAGAAUUUGCAGGGGAACAUGGGAUGAGCGCUGGUCCUCUGAGGAACCUGAUGAAGAGCGUCCUCCUGGUGCCACAGGGAGCUCUGAAGAAAAACCUGACGACGGAUCAAGUCAAGGAGGACCUGAUUACAUUAGGGCUGAACGAGGAGAAAGCUGCUCAUUUUUCAUUACAGUGGGGGGAGCACUACGCUGCGCUGUCCAGACUUGCUGUUGGACAGACUCUGAUGGUCAACCAGCUGGUUGACAUGGAGUGGAAGUUUGGAGUGACGGUUGGGACCAGUGAAAUUCAAAAAGUUGGGAACAUCUUUCUGCAGUUGAAACUGGUGGUGAGAAAGGGGAACUCCACUGAAAAUGUGUUCAUGGAACUGACACUGCCUCAAUUUUACAACUUCCUGCAUGAGAUGGAGAGAGCAAAGGCCAGCAUGGAAUGCUUUGCCUGAAUAUGUGUGUGUGUGUGUGUGUGUGUGUGUGUGUGUGUGUGUGUGUGUGUGUGUGUGUGUGUGUGUGUGUGUGUGUGCGCGCAUCUAAAAAAAACUACCAAACAUUUGUACUUAAUCUUCUAAUAAAACAGUUAAGAAGGAAAUAAGUUUUCUGGUCAGAUUGAAGCAACCAGAAGGCAUGAAGAUCAUUGCUCAGAAGCGUGUGGAAUGAACCGACAUAUAAAUAUGGGGUAAAUGAGAUUUUUAUGUAUCAUUCAGAUGUUUUAUAAACAGAUCAGUAAAAGUUUUGAAAAGGUUACAAAGUGUAGAAAAAUCUGUUUUAGAAGUUGGUGCCCAAUGAAGCUCAUCUUUCUCUAUCAGCAGUGACCUUUUCACCCCAACCAAUCCCCUGAUCUGUUUGUGAAACAUAAAGGAGAGCUGGAGGUUUUACAGCAGGUUCCAAGUCCAAGAGUUCAAACACUCUGGAUCUUCUUGUCUGAAGCAUCUUAGCAGGCGGGUAAAACUAAAACGGUCAUUUUAUUGUACCACUAAAAUAAAGCUCAUAACUCCAUCCA